GCAUUGUUCUUAGUUGCAAGCACUAUCUUCGGCACUAAUCUUAUUAAAUCCAAACACGCGAACGCCUUUUACAUCUUGCACCAAGCUUCGAACUCCUUUUCAGCCUUCUGCUGACCUAGCCACUCCAGCUUUUCUCGAAUUUUUAACUUUCACCAAAUGUCUGCCAGCCCAUCUCCCUCUGCCGGUGGCGAUAGCAAGCCGAAUGAACAGGUUCAUUUCCGUUUUUGUCGCGAGUGUUCGAAUUUGCUUUAUCCGAAAGAAGAUCGUGUCAACAACCGUUUGAUGUUUACCUGCCGAACCUGCCACGUCGGAGAGCCUGCGAUGUCCUAUUGCGUGUAUCAAAACAAGCUCAACAGCCAAGUCGGAGACACAGCUGGUGUGACUCAGGAUGUGGGAUCUGAUCCUACGCUUCCCCGGUCCAACAAGGUCUGCCCGAGCUGCGGUGAAGCUGAAGCGGUUUUUUUCCAGUCACAACAGCGAUCUGCGGAAACUGGAAUGAAACUUUACUAUGUCUGUUGCACAUGUGGUAACGUCUUCGUAUGAUUUGAAAAUGUUUUUCGUGUUUCCGAUACCCAUUAUUGGUCCUUUUACAGCAUGGUUAUGGAGUUACGGCGACGUCAAAAUAAAAAAGAGUUUUCAAGGGAUAUUUCUAUUGAUACAGAG